CCGAUGAAGGCCAGGUUUCCGGGGGGAAGGCUUAGGCAGUGACACCGAGCCCAACCUCCUCCUCCACCCCCCACCACGCUCAGGCCCCCUCCCUCCCCGCCACCACCGUCCGCGUUUGGCCGGCCGUGGGGAAGGAAGAAAGGAGCCAAGGAGGCGAGGCAUGGAUCCGCAGCCUCCUCCACCGGCCCAGGGCAGCCCACCUCACCGUGGCCGAGGCCGUGGCCGUGGCCGAGGCCGUGGUCGAGGCCGUGGCCGUGGCAGGGGAGGCGCUGGAGCCCCUCGGGCGCCCCUGCCCUGCCCCACCUGCGGCCGCCUCUUCCGUUUCCCCUACUACCUCUCCCGGCACCGGCUGAGCCACUCUGGGCUCCGGCCCCAUGCCUGCCCGCUGUGCCCCAAGGCCUUCCGCCGGCCGGCCCACCUCUCCCGCCACCUGCGCGGCCACGGGCCCCAGCCCCCGCUGCGCUGCGCCGCCUGCCCCCGCACCUUCCCGGAACCCGCCCAGCUCAGGCGCCACCUGGCUCAGGAGCACGCGGGCGGCGAGGUAGAGCUGGCCAUCGAGAGGGUGGCCAAGGAGACGGCUGAGCCCAGCUGGGGCCCGCAGGACCAGGGCUCGGAGCAGCCCACCACGGCUGCAGCGGGGGCCACGGAGGAGGAGGCGGCCGCGGCAUGGCCUGAGACGUGGCCUGCGGGGGAGCAGGCCACGCUGGCAGCGCCCACCAGCACCGCGGAGCCCCGGGAGUCGGAGUCGGAGGAGGCCGAGGCUGGGGCGGCAGAGCUGAGGGCCGAGCUGGCGCUGGCGGCCGGGCGGCAGGAGGAGAAACAGGUCCUGCUCCAGGCGGACUGGACGCUGCUGUGCCUGCGCUGCCGCGAAGCCUUCGCCACCAAGGGCGAGCUCAAGGCGCACCCGUGUCUGCGCCCCGAGGGCGAACAGGAGGGUGAAGGGGGCCCUCCACCACGCCCCAAACGACACCAGUGCUCCAUCUGCCUCAAGGCCUUCGCCAGGCCCUGGUCCCUGUCGCGCCACCGGCUGGUCCACUCCACCGACCGCCCUUUCGUGUGCCCAGACUGCGGCCUGGCCUUCCGCCUCGCCUCCUACCUCCGCCAGCACCGCCGCGUCCACGGCCCGCUCAGCCUGCUGGCCCCGCUGCCCGCGGCGGGCAAGAAGGACGACAAGGCCUCAGGUGCACGGAACUCAGCCAAGGGGCCGGAGGGGGGCGAGGGGGCGGAGUGCGGGGGUGCCUCGGAAGGGGGAGAAGGCGGGCAGAACGGAGGCGACGCCGCCCCGGCCCGGCCCCCAGCCGGGGAGCCCCGCUUCUGGUGCCCAGAGUGCGGCAAAGGUUUCAGGCGCCGGGCGCACCUGCGGCAGCACGGGGUGACCCACUCAGGAGCGCGCCCUUUCCAGUGCGUGCGCUGCCAGCGGGAGUUCAAGCGCCUGGCCGACCUGGCGCGCCACGCACAGGUGCACGCAGGCGGCCCGGCACCGCACCCGUGUCCCCGCUGCCCGCGCCGGUUCUCGCGCGCCUACAGCCUCCUGCGCCACCAGCGCUGCCACCGCGCAGAGCUGGAGAGGGCCGCCGCGCUGCAGGCACUGCAGGCCCAGGCCCCGCCGUCGUCGCCGCCGCCGCCCCCGCAGCCCCUGAAGGCCGAGCAGGAGGAAGAAGGGCUCCCGCUGCCCCUCGCAAACAUUAAGGAAGAGCCGCCCUCUCCGGGGACCCCACCCCAGUCCCCACCGGCUCCCCCUGUCUUCCUCAGCGCCUCCUGUUUCGACAGCCAAGACCACUCAGCUUUCGAGAUGGAGGAGGAAGAGGCAGGACGACUUGGAAAAAAAGGCGGCGGACAGUUGGCCAGAGGGAUGGAGACUGGUGGGGACGCCCCCGCCUGCCUGUCCCCCGUUACACACACUGGACACCAUCACCUGUUUGGAACUGCCAGACCCUGGGGGUCCCCAGUGAGCAAAGGAAGGACACAGAUGCAUCAGAAAAUAUGUGGCCCUCAACCAAGCAAGAAGCCGGUGAAGGCUGGGUUGAGAAGAAACAGGAAUGUGAGAAGAUAGAUCAUCGUCACUGCUGCCCUGUGGAAGCUCUGCGCCAGUUUCUCAGUCAACCUCUACCACACCCUUACUCUGUGUCAGCGGUGGUACUAGGCACUGAGGAGAAGGAGUCCAAUACCCUCCUCUGAAAGAGCUGGAAUUCUAGCCCUGCAUUGGCCAACAUACCUUUUUUUUUCCUAGAAAAGUUUCCAUAACCUUUCUUCCCUCAUUCUGUUGCCCAGGCUGCAGUACUGUAGUGCGAUCAUAGCUCACUGCAGUCUCAAACUCCCAGAUCCAAGCAAUCCUCUUGCCUCAGCCUUGCAAGGAGCUGGGACUACAGGUGCAUGCCACCACCCCCAGCUGAUUGUUUAAUUUCUUGUAGAGACGGAGUCUUGCUAUAUUGCCCAGUCUGGGAGAACUUUUUGUGAUGAUGGGAUAUUCUACAUCUUCACUGUCCAAUAUGGUAUCCAGCAGCCACACAUGGCUAUUUCCAUUUAAAUAUAGAAUACGGAAAUGUAAAGUCAUUAAGAUGAAAUAAAUGUAAAAGCUCAGUUCCUCAGUCA